AAACCAAUUAUAUCUGCUGUGAUCUUUUCAUUGCUCUUCAAACUUGUAAUGUUCUUCGUAAGAAGGGGAAAGAACGAUUCAAGUUUAACAAUAUAUAGUCCGUUGAUCAAGAAAGUCGGGGACUUGGUUUUCUUAGAGAAUGAAGAUGGAGUGGCAUCACUUGAAAUGAUUGGAAAAGGUGGUUGUGGAGAUGUUUAUAGAGACGAGUUACCGGAAAGUAAUGGGAAGAUUAUACAAUCCUCAAUGGGUGCUUCAGAGAUCACUGGGGGAGAUACCAAGGCUUUGAACAAGAAAAUGCGCCAAGUUAAAUCAGAAAUUCAAAUUGUAGGUCAAAUCAGACAUCAAAAUCUGCUUCCAUUACUAGCACAUAUGCCAAGGCUAGAUUGCCAUUACUUGAUCUAUGAAUAUAUGACAAAUGGGAGUUCACAUGACAUCCUCCAGCAAGUUAAAUAAGGGACAAGGGAAUUAGAUUGGUUGGGACGACACAGAAUUGCAGCAGGAAUAGCUGCUGGUCUUGAGUUUCUUCAUAUAAACCAUACUCAACGCAUAAUUCAUAAAGAUCUAAAGCCAACAAAUAUCCUUCUUAGAGCCUGUUUGGAUGGACUUAUUUUAAGUAACUUAUAAGUUGAAAACUGCUUAUAAGUUUUUUAAAAAAGUAGGUGUAGCCCAACUUAUUUUUUUGAAUUAUAAGCUAUUUCAACUUAUAAGCUUCUUAAAAUAAGUCCAUUCAAACAAACCCAAUUAUUUAUUGGGGCUUAUUUUAAGCACAAAAUGACUUUAAGUUGGCCGACAAACACUCAAAAAAGCUGAAUACAGCUUAUAAGUAACUUAUAAGCCAAUCCAAACGGCUCUUAAUGAUGAUAUGGAAGCUCAAAUUGCUAAUUUUGGCCUUGCAAAGGAAGUUCCAGACGCUCAUACAGGCAUACACAUGUUACGACUUCAAAUGUCGCAGGAGCUGUGGGCUUUAUUGCACCAGAAUACCAUCAAACACUGAAGUUUACAGACAAGUGAUAGAUACAGCUUCGGUGUGGUGCUAGCCGUUUUGGUUAUUGGAAAGCUUCCUUCAGAUGAUUUUUUCUAGAAUACUUCUAAAAAGAGUUUAGUUAAGUGGCUGAGAAAUAUAAUGACUUCUGAUGAUCCUAAACGAGAAAUUGAUCCUAAGCUGAUAGGAAAUGGAUAUGGGGAGCAAAUGCUUUUGGUUCUUGAGAUAGCUUGCUUUUGUGCUCUGGAAAAUCCAAAGGAGAGGCCUAACAGUAAAGGUGUUCGGUGCAUGUUAACUCAGGUCAAGCAUUAAGUAUACACAGGAUAAGGCAUACGGGAGAGUUUUCUACAUAAAGGCGUGUGAUGCAGGUGGCGAAUUGGUGAUGCAUGGAAGAAAUUUUGCAGGACCUCUCUGAAAUAUUCCAUCAAAACAUUUUUGUCGUUGAUAUCUCAUUUGGAGAAAGAGAGCCAACAAACAAACUGGAAAUGAUGUAGCAAGAAUUUUUUGAUUAUUCAGAUCUCAAAAGAACAGAGAUCUCAUAUGAAAACUAAGAGGUGUAAGGCAUUGCAGAAAGCUGCUGCUUGAACUGCUCUUAUCAAGUGUGCUUGAUGGUUACUGCAUAGAGAUCAAUACAGAUUUGUAAGUUAUUGGCAUAGUUUUUUUCUAUUGUAAAGUGAUAGUGAUAAAGUUUUCAUUGAAGGCUUGGAUGCACUUUAUUUUCAAUGUUUAUAGACUUAUAGAAAUGAUAAGUUUUUUCAGAUUUACCCAAAUUGAAGAUCUCUUCCACCAACUUUCUACUUUUUCAAAUACUGAACGUGACAUUCUUUUUUAUCUCUUCCUAACUUUAUAUUAAUUUUUGGUAUGGGAUGGCUUAACUGCAUAUGUUCCAAUAAAAUAGGAGUUUAUAAAACUAUUCGCAUGUAUACUAGGCACCAUAUUGGUUAUAUGACCCUUUAAAUAACUUGUAUCCUUGCUGGAAAUUUUGAAGGUCAAAGUGGAAAGAGGAGGAGAACAAGUUUCAAAUUCCUAGAAUCCAAUGGAUUUUAUAUUAGUUGUCAUUCAAUUUCCUUUUUUACCCUUAAAUAUAAUGAGAAUAACAAUUCUGUCACCUUGUUCCUUCCACGGCUCAAAAGUUUGAUGGGUAUUUAUGGAAUUUUCUCAGAGAAUAAAUACCAUGUUCAGUUUUUUCCUUUUAUAAAAAUUUGGGUUUUCUCGUUUCUAUUCAUUCUCUUCUUUGGUCUUUGGUAUAAGCGGCAAUACCAAAAUGGCGAACAACCAGAGCAUCAAAAGUGUGUCAAGUUGUUAUGUUUUCAAAAGCCGAUUGCAAGAGUAUGCCCAGAAAGUUGGACUUCCUACCCCUGUUUAUGAGACCAUCAAGAAAGGCCCUUCUCAUGAGCCUACAUUUACGUCAACGGUGAUUGUAAACAAUGCUAGAUAUGAUUCUCUAGCUGGAUUUUACAAUCGCAAGGCAGCGGAGCAAUCAGCUGCUGAAGUUGCACUCAUGAGUCUUGGAAACUCUGGGUCAAUGGAAAACCUUUCUCAGCCAGUGCAUGAAUCAGGCUUGUGCAAAAAUUUGUUGCAAGAGUAUGCUCAGAAGAUGAAUUUUGCAAUUCCACAUUAUGAAUGCCAGAGGUAUGACUCGGAAAGCAAAAUGAUCACAUUUUCAUGUACUGUUGACGUAGGGGGAAUGAAAUAUAUUGGAGCGGCAGCUAGAACAAAGAAGGAAGCAGAGAUCAAAGCUGCUCGAACUGCAUUGUUGGCUGUUCAGUCUAGUGGUUUGGGGCCUAACUAUUCUGGACACACUGUCGUUCCAAUAAAGAAGGUCACAGAUUUGGCAAUCAGCAACCAGGAGAGUGCAGCAGCUCUGAAGCCAAAGAAAUACAAAUUCAAGAAAAAGCAGACGAUGAAUGUUUUUGAUGCCAGUAGUAAGGUACGGACAAAGAACACUGGUGACUCGGAAGUUCAGAUGGUAAAUCAAGCAAAACCAGAGAUGCAUGAAAAUGCUGCUGUUAUGACUCAAGGUACAGGAUCUGGGCCUGCACCUUUUGCAGGCACUAUGGGUGGUCUAGUUUCAUCCAACAAUUGGAGUUCUGAUUAUGGAGCUUCAAAUCUUGGAAUCAACUCUCAGAGUGGUGGAGGAGUUACGACUGAGGGAAAUGCUAUUAUUGGAGUUGGGCAGGUAACUUCAGAGGUAACACCAGUUGCUUGGAGCGAUAACCUUCACGUGCUAUAGAUGCAGAUCAAGGCCGAAGUACAAACAUGGAGGCAGAAAUAUCUCAACAUGUUUGUUUUGCAGGAUUAGUUAUAUCAGCUGGUGGGUACAAGAAGAGUUAGAUUAUAGAGAAUACAUAGGUCGCUCAAAAAAAUUCGCGAGUUGGUUAAGCUUUUCAUUUGAACAUCCAGAUUGAAAGGGUUGUUGAUGGCGUGCUUUUGCCAUAGUGUUAUAGCUUUUAUAGUUACUAGUACAUGUCAAAUGUGUGGUUUAGUUGGCAUAGUCACAGGUGCAUGAAUCAGUCUGACAUUGUUUGGUUUACUUCAUUUGCUUGAACAUUUGAUUUGCUAUUUGAUGAGGUAGCCUGUUUUAUGACAA